CCCAUCCAGAGCUCGCCAGUCAGGGCGAAACCGUGAAAAGCAUCGCGAGCAAAAUUUUCCUCCAAAGAAGAAGCUCCGGAAUAUCCGCUGCCGCAGCCAGCCGCCACCAAUACCGUUUCCGCAGCCAUCGCCCAUCCUGAGAGUGAACGAAAUGCAGUAGGCGGAAGAAGAAAAGAAAGAAGAAAGGAAAAAUAACACGGAUCAAUUUUACGUGUGUGCUUAGGAAUCCGUGAGCAGUUCCAACCCCGCGGGUGAGUGUGUGGUUCGGCGGACAAUCUAGUUUCCGUUGGUCGGUUCGGUGUGCCGGAUCUCGGAAGAGGAUCCGGAGGAAGUGCCAAGCAAGAGAGGAAAGUGUGAGUGGAAAGCGAUUGUGUGGCAGGUGUGAAGAUUAACCGUUCCUCCCCACUCCGAUGCUUAUCGGUGGUACGCAGGGAGGAUAAUAGGGUGGUCAUGAAUCAACAAUACCUUCAACAAUACCUUCGGUCGGAGUAGUGCACAGAUAGGCUCCAGGCAGUGGUGAAAGUUUUUCGCUCGGGGAAAAGUUCCAGCUAAUUGCGAUUUUCUUUCCCAUAGUUACCCACACAUACGACAACUCCGUUCGGGUGAAUCGGGAUUCCGCGAAUAGUCGUCUAAUAUUUUCAGUGAUUUUUUUUUCAACCAUCCUUGCGGUGUGUGGAGAUCGAGUGCCCGUUGACCUGUUCCGCGCGAGCGUGUGUGAGAGUGUGUAUACGCUUCACGGGAGGCUGUGGUGAGUGGACCCCAGGGAAGUCGCUGGUGUGUCAACUGGAAGUGCCGCGAGUGGAAGCGGGACAAAAUUUACGGCUCGGAUUAUUAAUGAAGGAUGAUGAAAAAAGUGUAAAACGUUUUUGGAAUAAAUUUGCCUCGAUCGUCGGCAGUAGAUAAAGGUACGCUUUUUUUUCUUCUUUCUCUCUGCCUAGUCCGGUGCGGUUGCGACUAAAGAAUAGAGUGUGACACGAGUAAAUAUUUGGGGUUGAAUUGUAGCCAACGGAGGAGGAGCGGAAAAGUGAGUAACUGUGAGCACAUAAAUCAGGAAAGGUGCUAACGUCCCCCCGGUUUCGAAAUAUAUGCCGCUGAAGGAAUGUGAAAGCUGAACGACGAAGACGACGACCCGAAAAUAAUGGGAAAAGUGUUUCCGGUGCCAGGAGAACAGUGCUUCACUCCUCCCCAUACCUGAAUCCACCUGAAUUCCCUCGACCUGACCCAGUCCCGAGAAAUUCGUUUAGAAUAUUAAUAGAGGAAAAAUAACAAGCUUCUGUGUGAAACAGCGAAAAGAAUCACAAUCUUGACAGGCAGUUAGUACACGAAGAAUUAUCCGACGACGAAGACGACGACGACCAUUAGCAGUUAAGACGCGCACAAAACGCACUCCCGCCACUCAGCACCGUAUUCCACCCCCAGCACUCGACACAACGCACCCAUCGUAGCAAGCCAUCAAAAGUAAAUUCGCGUGCCAUUCGACAUUUUUUUCCGGCUGCCUCGUAUCGUUCAGGCAGCGUGGCACUCUGUGACAAAAUACCUACACACCAAAAUAAAACAAAAACCAUCAAACAGCGACAUAAAUCCAGUAGUCUACUACACGCACACACAACCCCGUUUUUUUUCGAAAGCACCGAAGCGAAUCUAGGCGAGGAGGCGAACUUGUGGCAGAAGGGAAAUCCCCGGCGAGAUAAUGGAUAAAAUUUGGAUAACAUUUUUGCUGCUGAUCAUCGCAAUCAUCUACGUGCGAACAAACGGACAAUCAAUGGUAAACGUGCAGCUGGUCGUGAAAAAAUACGUCGAACGGGGCAGUGCAGUGGCACUGUACUGCGAAAACGAUGCGGCUCCCGAUAUUCUCUACAAGGUAACGUUCCUCAAGGGUGGUAGUAAAAUAUUCGAGUACAUUAAGGGCCGCAAUCCACCCUACCGGAACUAUUCGAUUCCGGGUGCCGAAAUAGAUUGGAAAAAGGUGACUCCCUCCACGUUGACGCUGAAGAACGUCGACUACGAUGCUUCCGGGUCGUACUACUGUGAGGUUUCGACCGACACGCCGAUCUUCACGAAGGCAUCCAACGACGAACCGCUGCACGUCAUGCUUCCACAGAAAGGACCACCCACGAUCGAGUUUGCGAAAAAGCAACUGUACUACGGGGAUAUGCUUGUGGCCAACUGUACGACGUCCAGGGCCCGACCCGCCCCGCACAUCACCUGGCUAAUUAAUGGGAAACAGGUGGACGAUGUACACGUUCGGCAGCUCCAUCACAGCACUAAGAACAGCCACCGGUCAAAGCAGCAACAGACGAUGCCCUCCUCGGCCACUGCUUCCCAGUCCGUGUAUCACGGUAAGGUGAUAGUGGGCUCUCCGGCCGGCACCGGUAGUGGCGGCGGCAGCAGCGGGUUCUCGUCCGGUGGUGCAGGGAAUAGCCUGAAGGAGCUUAAGCUGAAGGCAAAGGCCGUCGACGAGGAGCUGCAGGUGAAAGCGGCCAAAGCAUCGCUGGCGGGCGCUGGACUGAAUGGGUACAACAACGGGUACGGUUCCCAGUCGGCCAAGUCCGGCAAUGGUGGUAGUGGUGGAGGAGGUGGUUUCCAGAUUCAGCCCAACAUUGGCUACAACAGUUUCGACGCGGGUUACAACUUUGGUAUGAAGACACAUCAUCGGGAGAGGGAGCGAAGUGGCGGUAUCGGGGUGUUUACCAUCGGUGGCGAUCGUAUGGGGGAUGAAGCGGACGAGGAGGACGAGGAGAGUGAUAAAAAGACUUCCUGGCUCAAGGGAACCGACCAUCACACUAGCGUUUACUACGACAAUAAGCAGCAGCAGCAGCAACAGCAGCAUUUUGACAAUUUGUACCGGAAGCAUCGCAACUCCUACGAGCACAAGUUUCGACGGCAUGUGAACGAUGCGAUCGGGGCGGGUGAACCGCGCAAGAUACACCGCGUUUCCGCCAGCUACAGCCAGCUGACGAUUCGGAUUACCGAGGCGCUAACCAACAACCUCGGGCGGAUAGAAAUUACCUGCCUGGCAACGAUCCCGGCCCAUGUCGAACCGGGCGAGCAGUACGCGGAUUACAAGACGUCACUCAUCAAGCUCGACAUCGAGCAAAACGACAUGACGUCCCCGGAACCGUCGACCGGUUCGCUAGCGCACGCCAAAUCGGACGCGGUGCAAACACCCAACAUCCAGGCCACUUCCGCCGGUCUCUGCCGGAAUCUGCUGGCAGUGCAGUGCGGUAUCGUCGCCUUGUUACUGCUCUACCAGCGAAGGUCGGCGACCGGUUGGUUCCUGUUCUCGUCGCUGACGUAAUUCGAUCCGCGAUAUCACGUCAACGGAAAACUCUAUUGCCAUCGACAAUUGUGAAGAAAGAAAGAAGAAAAAAAAACAAACGUAACUGUACCGCAGCGCAGCUAUCUAUAUUGGAAUGCUUCACCGUAAGCUUCCGAGAAAUAAUCCUUCGCGAGUAAGUGUGCGAUGAAGUGAGCGAUACCAAAAAUUAAAACAAAAAAAUAACGCGAGUGAGUGAGAUGCAAGUACAACCAGCCAAACAAAUAGACAUGAACGAAACAAAAAUCCUAGGAUCCGGGACGGAGUAGAGAUUCACCAAGAGCACAUAUUGUACAGAGCCAAAAGACAACGUUUGACUUUUCUUUUGAUUGCACGUUCAGCAGAGCAAAGGCUGAUACCGAAGCCGACCGAGCGAACCGACGUUGUCAUCGUUCCUGGCCAGGUAGCUAAAGACAAUUUGCAGUUUUGUUUUAAAAUUGUUUCUGAAAACAAAAGAAGAAAACAAACAAUUCACAAACAAUUCGAUGACGGAAUGAAUCGAAUCUAUCGUACCGUGACUGUGAAUGGUACCCGUAUUAGUAGACCAAAAGACAUGUGAAAACUCUAAACAAAACAAACAAAUGUUAUCGUUCUAACGUAGGCUAGCUGGUAAGUGAAUUUUCAAUGUGUACAGGAGCCUAAAACGAAUUGAUGGUUUGCAUGAACGAACGAAAAAAAAAACCUAAGAGAUGAGAAGACUUUCAUUCGAUAGAGGGAGAGAAAAAAAAAACCAAAAUUUUAGAAAGUUCAAGUUGAAACAAAAACGACCUACACGAGUUAAUUUUAGAACAAGCAGCUUAUUGUGAAAUAUCGCAGAUACGUGAAGAGAGAAACCAAAAAACUAACACAUGCAAGUGAACGUAAAUUGUGACAAUUCAUUUUUCCUAGCGCAUAAUAACCCCCCUUAAAAUAGAGAAAACGAUUAAUCAGACGUGUGAAAAGUUCAAAACAGUGCUCGCGAGAACGGAAAACUGCCUGACCGCCGAUCUAAGCAGGCGACAGGGGCAGAAACCAAGACAAACGUCAACCGAAAACUUUAAAUUCGAUUCGCAACUCUGCGAAAAUGCGGAAAUAAAAAACAAGACAGAGCUGGUACAAUUUUACUGGCUUUUGAUGUGUUAUCUGUCCCCAUGCAGCAAAGCUGCUAGCUUAGCGUUCGGACGGAAGGGAAAGCAAGAUCAAGUCGUGAUUUGUUGUAUUUUAUCGUUCGGUUUACUGGUUUGCCAGUGUAGAUAAGAAAAUAUUUGUUUUGCUAAGCGGAAAGGCCGAUAAGCAGUCGGGUCGUGACAGGAUUGUGUUAACCUAAACAAACUACUUUACCAAGGAAAAGCUUCGGUCCCUUCCGGGUUGGCCCGAUGAGAUUGCAGCAGAAUAUUUAAACAGCACCGGGCGUCUCCAUCGUCCCAUAUCGUCGUACAGUCGUAUCUUUAAUUAAAGCCACGUACGCUGAUGGUUGCUCGUUCUCAGCUCGUGAAAGAAUAAAAGGUCGUCCCACUCUACCUUGUUCAUUGUUUCGUUUGUGAAAGGAGAGCGCAAAUAUGAACCCAGAGAAAAAAAAAUCAUCCACAGAUGAAAUGGCACCACCGACCGCCCGUCCGCCGAUGUUUGCUGUUUUACCCUAGCGCCAGGAAAAUUAUAAGAGGCAUAUAAAAAAAUGUUACCGUUUUAUGUUUGCUCGUUACGUCGCGUGUUGGCGAAAAAGAGAUGACAGAAAGGAAUUUAAUUUAGGCGAAAUCGUUAUGAACCAAAUAGCUUUCAUCUAUACUUUUGUUUUUGUUGGUUGGACAAAGUAGGCGAUGUUUGUGUGUGGAGGGGAAAGUUUUUGUUUUGAAAGAUAUAUAUUGUAUAGGUCAACAUGAAAUAGAAUGGUGCAAGGGGUCUGCCGACGGCUUGAUUGGGGUUCGAAAAGUUUUGAACAAACACACGGUCGGGAUAAUUUUUGUAAACAUUAGCAUCUCCGCCGAAGGAAAACUAUCUAAACUAGUCAAUUAUGAGCAAAUCUAUACUUGAGAGAGGAACAAGUGUAAGUUAUUUUUAGGAGCAUUUUCACGGCGAAAAAGAUAACCCAUGGAAAUACAAACAAAAGGAAAUUGUUUCAGUGUUACAGCGCGUACAAUAAUGGCGCACGUGAUGUGAGAAAAAAUGUAAGUCUUAUGACGCUGGAUGACAAAACCCAUUCACAAAUAGUAAUCGAAUACUGGACUACAGACAACCAAAAAUCAGAAGCUAGAGAACUUUAUAUGAUAAAAUAAACAGCUUUAAAUGUCGUUUGAAAACCACUUCCGCAGAGAAGAAAACCAUUUUACCGGGAUAUGUCUGCUGCUGCCAUAACCAGAAAUUUGAACCUACAAGUAAAAGCAAACCAAAACAAAUAAACUAAACUAAACAGAAGAGAAGGUUAAAUGUUUUGUUGUCAGCGCAGAUAAAAAAAACUAAAAUUCACAAUGGCUACGCAAAAAAACAUGUUUGAAGAAAUUUUCUGUAAAUAUAAAGCUGUUUUCUCUCAAUAGUAAUAGAAACAACCAAACAAAAACAAAGCAUACAGCAGCGUCAACUCUUUUUCUCAAGAAAACAAAAACUCCUAGACACACAAAAAACAAACCAAUCAGAUAAAGAAUCUCAAUGUUUCAUAUCUAUACGUGAAUGAUAUAUUAAACAACACUGAAGAAAAAAAAACGGUAAAAUAACAAAAAAAAAACAAAACAACUUCUAGAUAAUAGAUAAAAUAUUGAACGAAACUAGGUUAUUGAAAACCACCAGUUUCUUACCGGUGGUGGCAGUUUCCAGUGACGUUUUGGAACUGGGGUCGAGUCGAUGCGUGCGUGCGCGAAUGAACUUUUUUUUGCUUUUUUUCCAAAUCACAAUGAAUCUUCCAAAAUGAACGUAAAAAAUGGCACAAACGACAACAAAGAAAACAAAACACGGGCGAUCAAAAGCACGUUACACACAUAUCAGUUUAGUAAGCAAUACGUGGCUCUACAUGUUAGGUGAUAAAAAAAUAAAGUAUAACUAUAGCUGUUGGUUGGGUUGGGUUACACAAAUGAACGAAAAAGAACAAAAAUUGUAAUAAAAAAAAAUAGACAGAUACUGUUUCAUUAGCUUCUACCAGUAGCAAAACGAAACGCAGCAGGAAAAUAACAAUUGGUUGUAAUCGAAGUGAUCCGUGUUGUCGUUGCCUAGCAACCGGAUGUACUGGUGUUGCUUGGAUGGUUUACGUUGCGCUAGUGCUUUGAAUGUUUUAAAAUUUUUGAUUUUUUCACGAACGGACUAGUUUUUUGUAGGCUUCACGACUGUGAUUAUUAUUGAAUUUUAUAUCUUUAAUAGUGAUAUUUGCAACUGGAAGGGUACUUUCCUUUUUGACACGCAUUUAGAAAAAAGAAACUAUUCCUAUUUGUAUUCCUAAAUACAUAGCAGAGUUGACGUCUUCUACAAAGUUGUUUGCAACAUUUUCAACAGUUUGUUCACGAUACCACGAUACCACAGACCAAACUCAUCGCAUCAAAAUAUGCAGCUUCAGCCUAUUUUCUCUCCUCGAUCAGACCAGAAGCUACACUACGCUUCUAAAUAGCAUGGAAAACUAAAAAAUCCUACCAACCCCACUUUGUUCCUUAUACACCGUACAUACAGCAUAUUCUCAUUGCGCCCCUACUAUGGGAAAAUACCAUUCCAAUUGUCUUUCGCCAAACUCAUCUUCAAUCUAAAGUGGGCGAGGAGGAACAAUAAAUAAAGGUUUACAUGGAGCUUAAGCUUACGUAGGUGUUCCAUAUACAACUCCAUCAUACGCGCAAUAUUGCGCUGAUAACGAUCAAUAGUUUACCCGAGGCAAUAUGCAAUGCGACGUCGAGUAUGAUAACGGUAAAAACAAGAUAGUCGUAUAGAUGGACGAUGAUAAAAUUAAGGAACGUCUACACGAUUUGGCAUGACGAAAUAAUUCGAAAUGCAACAAAAAAAAAAUCUAGUGAAAUACGGAAAUCCGUUACGUUACGUUGCUACUAGCAUUCUCAAUGACGUUCGUGCGGUGAGAAAGCGACUGAUGUAUCCUAUCGCUCCCUAGGUGGCUUUCAGAUGACAUAUCGCCUAGGCAUAGCGUCUCAUAUAAGCCAUUUCAUAAGAGUAAUCGAAAAUUUUACGUAUUAUUCUGUUGCAGUCAGCGGCAUUGAUAAAGUGACAUAUUCGGCAACACAGUCAUCCGAAAAUAGAAUGUUUUCAAGAUUCAGUAAACGAUUUUUUAAAGCUGUAUGUCGUGGAUCCGAUUUCCUAAACCUGCUAGAGUCGAAGAUUUAAGUAAAAAAAAAUUGUUCUGACAAUUCGGCGAGAGGUGGCCGUGGCUUUAGACUCUAAUCCACGUAAUCCACGUCGAUUACGGCUAAAAUGACCUAUUAUUGUCAAUUUUAACUACUCUUUGAACUAUAAAGUUGUGUCAAAAUUAAGAUAAAAAUGAUAAAAUGUUGCAAGGAUAUGGACACUUUUUCUUUACCGGCAAAGUACACAUUUUGUACUUUUGUACUAGAAUUAUCGUUGCCAUUUGAUGUUAGAAUUGAAAAUUUAGAAAAAGUGACGGCUAUAGACAUUAGAAUUACUGUGGUGUUUACGAUUUCCCAUAGUCUACUGACAAAAAAGACACGCAAGAAUCCUACCGUCAUAGGUGAAUACAGUGGUUUGAGCGCAAGAUGGCUCCCUGCGCUGACAACGAGACUGGACAGUUAAAUUUCAUUUAUUCAUCUACAAUUGAUUCGUAUUUUGAGAAAUCAGUUUCUUUCCGUAUUUUUUGGCAAAUAUUAGUGCAUUUGAAAAAAAAAUCAAUGGCAAUCCUGGCGCAUAGUUAUUUUUUGUUUAUGUACUUUAUGGCCUGGAAGGGCCGUGUUAGAGGUUAACGGGUUCCAUACAUUUUAACCAAAGGGGCUAGACCAUGCAGGUUUAUGUGAGCAAUGACAGCGCAGAACCAAGGUGAUCAUAGAAAUCGCUAGUUUUACGGUGGAAACGUACUUCGUCCGGUUGCCAGUCCAGUGUUUUUAGUAUACGCUCGUUUGCGUAUUCGCUAUGAUGUUAUCACAUAAUUUCGAUUGAAUGUUGCGUGUAUCUUUCUUAAUUGCGUGAGAGUGGUUUUUUGUACGUUUGAGUGCGAGUGUGUCUAUCUGAUCACGUAUGCGACCAUAAUUGCAUGUUCACGUUUGCGAUCAGGUUUGUAUUAUCGCGAAGUGCUUAAGCGUUUGUAUAUAAACGUUUUUGAUCACAUGUUAAUGCGUGUAAGUAACUUCGCCUGCACAAGUUGCUGUCGAAUACUUUAGAGUGUGCGGUUCAGAUGCUAGAAGAGUGUAAGUUCCCCAUAUCACCAGUAUUUUCGGCUAUGGCACCCUGAAACUUGUCUACUGUAUGAGCUUUUUUUGGAGAUUGGUCCAAUUAACAGCAAUGGGCAAGGUUGAUAUGGCAAUGGCUUGGGGCCUCUUUGUGCGAUCGAUUCAUGAUUGUGGGCGCUUGUAUGUCCGUAUAAUCGUGUUAAUAAAUUUGUAAGUGCUGACAUGUUGAACUAUCCACGGGGACGUUUUUAUACUUGCGAGGUCUCGGGUACAGGAAAGCGUGGACACUGCAUAUUAGGGUACCAGUAAAAAUAGUCAUCCUAAGAGUUCAAAACGGACACACCGCGAAAAGCGCACCGAAAAACGCCACUCAAAA